CGAUACGAAUGCCAGCAACAAUGAUGUAUUCAAGAAUGUCAUAAAGCCUAUCGUUAAUGCAGCUGUGAAUGGAUUUAAUGGCACAGUGUUCGCUUAUGGGCAGAUGAACUCUGGCAAAACCUAUACCAUGAUGGAUACCUCAGACGAACCUGGCAUAAUAUCUCUAGCUUUCGAACAUAUGUUCGAUGCGAUAGCUAAUACUCCGGGACGUGAAUUUAUAUUGAGGGUAUCAUAUUUAGAGCUUUUUGAUGGGAAAGUCAACGAUCUCUUGAUGGCGAAGAAAGGUGAAGUAAUGAAUAUCACAAUUGACUAAAUCCAUUGCCGCCCCAAGUCUGCCUCCUUUUCUGACUUUUCUCCUUAUUCGUGAACGAUAUCGAGUCGUUGAAAUGAGCAGCAGUAAUUAUAUGAGUCUGUAAUGCACGAGAACACGAAUAACCAGGUAUUCGUCAAAUGUACAGAAAAGGGUGUAAACUGUCCAAAGGACAUUUUGUCCAUAAUGAAUAAGGGUAAUACAAGGAGGAAAAUAGGCAAGACAGAUAUGAAUGAGCGAAGUAGCAG